CUGAUCCCUCCGGGUGCUUAUCACGUCAGGGCUACAAAAGUCCAACAAAAUAGCACCAUAUUUGGACAACGUACGUCGCAAUUACGCCACUUUUACAAUCCGUCAUCGUCCCAAGUUCAUACCGCUAACCUUUCUAGGCAUAUGGAUCUCAGCGAUGCAUUUCCAACCGAACACUAGCCGAUCCUCCAAACAACGAACUGUCUUUUCAGUGGGAAAUGCUGUGUCUAUCUCAGCCUGCACGCACCUCACAAAUAUGGCACGGAAUUGUUACGGCUACGCAUUCCCACUAUGCAUGGUGCACGCGAAGCCUAGCAUCAGCGGCUCCGCGCUUCGGAAGUCUGGGCCUUACGAGUGAUAGCGGAUGACACAAUUCGCUCUGGAACAUAACCUCCUGGAGGACCGUCAGUACUUAAAAUUCCUACUAGAAUCAAUCCUACUUAGUUCUUGUAGCAUAGCUCUGUUACUCUCACCAUGGCUGAGGGACAAGCUUUAUCACAGCUGGAGGCUGAGCAUGAUGACCGGAAUCAAGAGCAUGGUCAUGAUGACAGCAAAAGGGAGUAUUCGAUGGGAAACGAUAUACCUCAGGCAGCGGCAGAGUCGUCUGCUGCCGAUGCUAUCAUCGACGCUGGGAGGAUUCGGGCGUUGAAGCUGGCAAAUUUUUUUGCAGCGCAAGCAGAGCAGGCUGCAGGUGUGCUGGUGGAGAGCAGCAAAAGGAAGCGUGAUGAUUGUUCGGUAUUGGAGGCUCCUGAUCUCAAGCGUCCCGCUGGAGACGUCGUCGGCUUGAAGCUAGCAGCUGAUCCAACUUUCGCGAUAUCAGCGCCUCUGCUUGCUAUGGACGGGAAUGCCACUGAGACUAUAAUGUGCCCACCCGACAAAGUGGGACGCAUUAUUGGGCGCGCCGGGGCAACCAUUCGGGACCUUGAGGCGAGCACCAGCACGCGUAUUCAGGUGGACCAUAAGGCUCCAGGCGAUAAGCCAGUCGUUGUAUCUGGUAGGCGAGAUGACGUAGAUCGUGCUAAGCGUGCUGUGCACGAUCUGAUUUCCGGUGCAACUGAGACAACGUCACCAAGCACCAACGAGGUUCAGGGGACUGUGGAGUGUCCACCUGGGAUUGUUGGUCGCAUCAUUGGGCGUGGUGGCGAAACUAUCCGUACGCUGCAGCAGGCCAGUGGCGCCCACAUCUUAGUAAAUCAAGAUUUCCCCGAAGGAGUCCCACGUCAGAUUAUCAUAACCGGUGCUCAGGAUGCAGUUCAGCGUGCUACCAGUAUGGUUUCUGAGCUUAUCAAUGGAUCAAAUCACACUAACACCCAGGCAAUUAUUCAGCGGUUUGGUGUUGGUUCAACCGAAGUGGUGGAAUGCCCCAAGGCGAUGGUGGGCCGAAUUAUCGGCAAGGGUGGAGAAACCAUUAAGGACCUUCAGAAGCGGUUUAACGUCAGUAUCCAAAUAGACCAAGGCUCCACGCCUUGCAAGGUUACCAUCACCGGCCCCAGUCCGCUGAUCUCGUCAGCAAGGAGAUCGAUAGAAGAAUUGAUUCGGACUCCAUCACAGCCGUCUGGAGGAGGUAUCCGUCCUGGUCCGUCCUUCACUACGUCAUACACACAACCAAAUUACACCCCGUAUGGGGCAUAUGGGGGUUUCGCCAUGCCUCAAGCAGUUUAUCCAGCACACAGUGGAUAUCAGCCAUAUGGGGGAUAUUCUCCAUAUCCGAAUACGAUGCCGACAUAUGCCAGCUACAGUAGCGUAGGUGCGGCAUCUGAUCCUUAUGCAUCGGUUGGCAAUUAUAGCCAGUCACAUUACACCGCCAGUGUCUCCCAGCAGAAUGCUGGUCCAACGACUCCAGGAGCAGCUGGAAAUAGCAGUCUGUGGCAGAUCUUGCAAGAUGACCAGGGUCGCAACUAUUACUACAACUCCCUCACGGGUGUGAGCCAAUGGGAGAAGCCUGCCGAUGUGCCUUGAACUCCUUGCUUUUGAUAUUACCUGAUAAUGUUUACACGUUUUUUUCAAUCCAAUUUACUUGGUAGGUUUGUAUGUCCUGUGAGAUCACGUGCGAUAUGGGUCGACCAAGUUGACACCUGAAGGGGCAAACUCAUGCACUGGACUUGGGCCGUCUGACUGGAUUUCAUUGACUAUACCCGCACAUGCCUUUCGAGUCUUCUGCUUAGCUUGCAAUAUAUCGCACUACGGAGUGCGCAACUCCAACUGAAGGAUGUGUGUAAAGGCAUCUUUCACCGUCACGACCCUGAAUGCUAUCCAAGCUGACCUGCAACAAUUCAGCAAGUUCACUGAUGCCGUUGCUUGCCUUUCCUUAAAACGGUAUCGCGGCAUGUAUGGCCUGUAAUCAACCUGUGC